CACAGUGCAAAAUACGGCCGCACGUUAAUAAAUUAUAAUACAUAACAAUAACAAUGCUAGACUAAAGUUAAAACCUAGCCCUAAACGUUCAUCAACUUAAUUUAAGUGUUAAAGUAGUUCUAAAGUGUAACCCAACUUGCAGAAAAACGCAGCUUAUAAAAAGGUUGCCAUCGCAUCCAUCAUCGUAGUCGUUGACGUUGUUGUUGUCGUUGUUGCCGUUGUUUUUCAUAAUUGCGCCUUCAGCUGCUGGGUGUUGUUGAAGAAGUCCCAGUCUCAGUCCCAUAUACGUGUGCAUUUGGAAUCGCUAAAUGUGUGUUCUCAUUGCAGCGUUUGCCCUUCUGCAUACGAACUAAAGUACGAAAAUAAAUUCGCUUUGCGAGCUGCAACAAGAAUAAGAAGAAGAGACUGACUAAGCUGCACAAUAAGCAACCGGACUCGGGAAGCAACAUGCAGCAGCAUCAUGUGCAUACAGCCAGGGCAGCACCCCAUCUGCGCGCUCCACAUCAUCACAGUCACAUUGCGAUGCCGCCGCAUCCCGGCAUGGAGCAACAUUUGGGCGCACUGUCACAAGCGGCAUCAAUUGCAACACAGCAGCAACAUCAACAACAACAGCAGCAGCAGCAGCAAUCGGUGCCGCCGCCGCAGCGAGAUGUUCAUCAUGGACGGCUUAGUCAUCAUCAUCAUCAACAUCAUCAGCAGCAGCAGCUCCAACCGAAUGCCUACAACAAUAGCAACAACAAUAAUAAUCAAAUGCAAAAGAUACGACAACAACAUCAGCAUCUCAACAACAGCAAUGGUCAUUUGACAAAAUGUAACCAAUUGCCGCCACCGCCGCAACAGGCCUACAAUCAUCCGGCAGCGAUCAGCUACAGCCAACUGCCGCCUCAUAUGCCCAGUUAUGGCAGUUAUGCGGCACAGCAGCCGUCAACGAUGUUAAGCGGCAAGCAGGCGCAUUAUUAUCUCAGCAGUGCCAAGCCCAAGUACAACAACAACAAUCACAACAACAAUAACAACAGUAGUAACGGGAGCGGCAGCAGCAACAGCUACGCGCAUGCACCCAAAACCAUACUACAGACCACAUACCGUUCUGCCAAGAGCAAUGGACAGCCCACAGUGUCAUCUGUAGAGGUAGCAACAAUUGCUGUUGUGCCAGCAACAGCUCCAGUCGAACAUUCCUUGCCCACCACAAUGCGUAUUGUUGGCAACUGCAGGAGCACCAAUGGCGAUAACAUAGUCAUUGCCAGCGAGGAGAUCUGUGAGUUGCCGCCUGCCUUAACACCCGACAACUGUGAGCCGCUGCCAUUGCCGGUGGCGCCGCAGAGUGAGGAUUGCAGCAGCAGCAGCAACGCAGAGCAACAUGCAGACGCUGGCGACACACUGUCCAAUGAGGACAGUAGCUCGGCACGCGGUGCCAAAGACAAGACACCCAUGUGUCUAGUUAACGAGUUGGCCAGAUACAAUAAGAUCACACAUCAAUACCGUUUGACGGGCGAACGCGGUCCGGCGCAUUGCAAGACCUUUACCGUAACGUUAAAGCUGGGCGAAGAGGAGUAUUCGGCGGAUGGUUUUAAGAUCAAGAAGGCUCAGCAUUUGGCCGCCUCCAAAGCCAUCGAGGAGACCAAAUACAAGCACCCGCCGCCCAAGAUACGCCGCAACGAUGAGACAAACUCAACGCGUACGCACAUUACACCAACCGUUGAACUGAAUGCGCUGGCCAUGAAGCUGGGUCAGCGCACCUACUAUGUCCUGGAUCCCACACAAAUGCCACCGGCAGAUGCAAUGUUGCCGCCUGACUAUGCCGCAUCGUUGCUUCCUACACCAGCGGCAGGCUUGCCGCAACCGCCGCCACCGCCACCAUACGCAGUGCGUCGCAAUGGCAAUGGGACCGGGGGUUAUGUGCUGCAAGCGCCGCCCAUUCAUCCGCAUCAUCAUGUUGCGUUGCAGACGCAGCGGGCCAUCUAUGGCCAUCAGCGUCCUUAUGCGCCCAAAUAUCAGUCGCGCUUUGCUCUGUCGCCAACGCUCACUCCGCAUAUGUUGCCCGGUCCGCAUGGACCCUAUGUGCCUGCAUUGCCGGUUACGCCCAGCAAGAUAACCCUUUUUGUGGGCAAGCAGAAAUUUGUUGGCGUCGGACGCACCUUACAGCAGGCCAAGCACGAUGCAGCGGCGCGUGCACUGCAGGUGCUCAAGACGCAGGCGAGCAGUGUUGCAGAUGAUGCUCUGGAUGAUUCCAUGGAUGAAAAUGACAAAAAGUCGCCCAUAUCACAGGUGCACGAGAUUGGCAUCAGGCGCAAUAUGACGGUCCAUUUCAAGGUGCUGCGCGAGGAGGGGCCGGCACACAUGAAAAACUUCAUCACGGCAUGCAUUGUUGGCGCCAUAGUCACCGAGGGCGAGGGCAAUGGCAAAAAGUUAUCCAAGAAGCGUUCAGCCGAAAAGAUGCUAAUUGAGCUGCAGAAAUUGCCGCCGCUUACGCCCACUAAACAAACGCCCAUGAAGCGCAUCAAGGUGAAAACGCCGGGCAAAAAUAGCGCAGCAAAUGCAGCAGCAGCAGCUAUCGCAGGCAUUGCCGGUGCUGCUGUAACGCCACUUGGCAAGCCAGAGCGACGAAAGCGUCUCAAUGCGACCGUUAAGGAAAAGCCUGCUGUGGAGCUGGAUGAGGAUGAGAAUCCUAUAACGAAGCUUAUACAAUUGCAGCAGACGCGCAAGGAAAAGGAACCUAUCUUCGAGCUGAUAGCUAAGAAUGGCAAUGAGUCGUCCCGACGUCGCGAGUUCGUCAUAGAGGUCUGCGCCAGUGGCAACAUAGCUCGCGGCACCGGCAACAGCAAAAAACUGGCAAAACGCAAUGCGGCUCAGGCCCUACUCGAACUGCUGGAGGCAUCGGAUCCAAAAAGCAGCGGAGAAGUGGAGCACUCAUUGGAACAAAAUGUGUCGCCAGCCGCAGCUGCUGUGUCGGCAGCCAUUGAGUCAAAUGCAUCGCUCGAUGUGCCCAUGGUAUCGACGCCGGCAGGUCCUGUGCCAGGCAUUUUAAUACUACGCCAAAACAAGAAACCAGCUAAAAAGAAGGAUGCAGUGAUUGUGGUCAAAGCCAAUGUGGAGUCAACUAAAGAGACGGAGGCCAAAACGGAUGCAAUGAUGACUGCAACAGCAACAGAAGAAAUCAGCAGCAGCAACAACACUUGCAACGAAUCGAAUGUGAAUGAGGCCAACAAUGAGAGCAGCUUGAACACUUCAACGGGCAGCAACACAAGCGGCGUAAGCAGCAAUAGCAGCAAUGCACCCGCCAGCAGCAACAGCAACAAUGUCAAUGGUGGCGGCGAUGGCGGUGCCACUGGUGGUGGUGUUGGUGGCGGGGCGGCUGGCGGCGGCGGUGGUGGUGGUGUGCAUUUGAAAGAACAGUUACUCUACCUCAGUAAAUUGUUGGACUUCGAGGUCAACUUUUCGGACUAUCCCAAGGGUAAUCACAACGAAUUUCUAACGAUUGUUACGCUCUCCACAAAUCCGCCGCAAAUCUGUCAUGGUGUUGGUAAAGUCUGUGAGGAGUCGCAGAAUGCAGCUGCAGGCAAUGCGCUGAAAAUACUCAGCGAACUGGGCCUGAACAAUGCCAAGAAAUAAGCCAAACUAAUUAAAACUGCAAUUUAUUAUUUUUUUUUGUUGUGCGUAUGCAAAAAGUAAAUGAAAAACAAAAAAACAAAAAACACCCGUCCACAAAUCAAACCUUAAAAGGAUAGAAUGAAAAGAAAAGAAUGCGUAGCUGUGUGCAAAUUCAAGAAAGAGUAAAUGAAACAAACAGUACUUUUUGAAAUAGCAAAUUAUUAGUUAAUACCUAUUUAUUUAUUUAUGCGCAAGUGUGCGCAAUGUGCGUUUUGAUUUGAUUUCAAAAACGAUGCGUAGAUUGUGCUAACUGCUGUUAUUAUUUUUAUUUAUUUGUUGUUAAAAUUGUGAAACGUUGCGGAUUGAAAAGAUCCGAAGCAAAGUGAAAAACAAAAACAAAAAACUAAAACUCAAAACAUGUUUAAAACAAACAAUAAAUAAAUAGUAUUAUGGAGAACAAAUUAAAUGUUGCAGUAUGUUGCACACAUUCUAGACAUACACACAUUCACCCUAUAAUUAUAAUUAAGAUGGAAUGCUCAUUGGGCACUUGAAUUAAAUUGAUGAACAAAUGUAAACACUAACCGAAAUAUUUAUUAUCUGCAUGCGGCUGUUAAGACGCUUAUGCAAUGCUUUCAAAAAAUAAAUACAAAAAUUUGUUUGCCACAUUUUGCAUUUGCCUCACAAAUGCCAAGAAAAAAAACGAAAACUAAAAAAA